GUGGGAGGCUGGGAGCCCAAGACUAACACAUCAUUGUCACCAGGGUUAGCUUUUUCUGAGACCUGUCUCUUUAGUUUACAAGUAGCCACCUGAUCUCAUGUUUUCAUGUGGCAUAUGUACAACUUUAUGGGAAAAAUAGAUUGAAGUAGGGCUGGGGUUGUAGCUCAAUGAUAAAGCCCUUGCCUACCAUGUGUGAGGCCCUGACUACCAGAAAAAAAAGGAUUGAAACAGAAUGAAUGAUAUUGAGGCAUGGAGGAAAGAUACCAUAAAGUUUUAUAGAAGUAAUUUGGAGAAAUCUUCCCAAAUCUUGGAAAUCCAAGAAGUCAGUUCCGGUAACGGUUACUUAAGUAUAUGUCAUAAUCAGUUGCCAUGGAAGCUGUUGUAUGUUACAGAGUGAAAUAGUUCCCAUUCACCUUUGAGCAUGUUUUCUUUUCUAAGCAAGAAGCCAUCAUGGGAGCCCUUUUGUCCUUAUUUUGGGAGGUGGAUCCUCCCCCUGUACCUUUAAGUCAUUAUAACCCAAUUCAAGAUUAUGAAUGCCAGAAGGAUGACUCUUGCUGGGUGAUUGGGAGCUUCCUGCUUUGGUACUUUAUCAUUUUAUCAGUCCUGGUGUUCCUCUGUCGGGCUUCUGUCUGGAUAUCUGAGAAUAAACUGGAUGGAGACAUUGGGACGAGUGCAUCAGUGAGUAAAGCAAGCAGAGAAAAUUCCUAUCAGCGGCAAAGCAAAGGUGGUUGCUGGGACUCUUCACAAGUGAUGAAGAAACAAAAGCAGAGUCAACUUGCCCCCAUCACUGACUCAGAAGUAGCUUUGGUCAGGUGCCAUUUUGAAGGCCACAAGGCGAAUCAGAUUCAAGACAGUGAAACCACCGAGGGUGACAGUGAAGAAUCCAACUCGGGAGCCUCUUCGUGGAAGGAGAGUGAAAGUGAAUACCACCCCUCACCAGUCAGCAUUCAGAAGAGAAAAGUAGCUCAGAGGCACCAGACUCUGGGAAGUCACCAAGCCCGAGAAAAGUCUUGCCUCCACUGCAAAGCCAUGAGAACCAAUGAAUGGUUGACACGUCAUUUCCUACAAAGAGCUUCUGGAAGGGUUCCCACAAAAGAAGGUACUCAAGAGGAAAGUUCCAUACCUGAGAUCAACACAAAGUUCAGUAAAAUUUGAAUUUUGUCGAGCCUUUACCUUAUUUGAAGCCAAAUGGAAGAGAUGAAUAAAAUAUGAAAAAUCACCAGAGUCCUAGGUGAGGAGACUUUCAUAAUAAAAUCUCUCUACUAACAAAAACAUACUUGGAAUCCAAGAGGUAAAAUUUCAGACAAUUCUUUGUUCCAAAAAAGGCCAGUGAAUAUGUGCAUGGCACCAUGGGAACACUGAAGCUCUGGAUCCAUUAUGAUUUUUUUUUUUUACUCAAAAGAGCACAG